GAGAUGACAUACAAUACAUAACCUCGAAAUUUAUAAUCAAACAAAAUUCAAAAUUUAAUUUUUCUUAUCAUCUUUCCCUAAUUUCCUUUUUAUUAUAUAAUAUAUGACUACCAAUUUAGUGUAAAUUAAGCUCAAAAUCAAAAUGAACAAAAUCAGUGACGUCGUAAUGAGAAAGCUGGAGAAAUCCAUCUACCUGAAGCCCUACACGAUGCAUUUCACCCAAAACGGCCACAAAAAGACCUGGGACCUAUUGGGAAUUCACGAUAGCGUGUGCAUAAUAAUCUACAACAUUACCAGAAACGUUUUAGUUUUGGUAAAACAAUUCAGACCGCCCGUGUAUUUGGGUACCAUCGACCCCGAGGACAGGAAAGUUGACCAACCGAUAGAUACCAAAAAAUACCCCACUGAAAAUGGGAUAACUAUAGAAGUAUGUGCGGGGAUUGUUGAUAAGAACUUGUCUUUGGCUGAAAUUGCUCGGGAGGAGGUUUUCGAGGAGUGCGGAUAUGAUGUACCAGUGAGUUCACUGGAAUUUAUAGGAUCUUGUCGUUCCGGUGUAGGCACCUCAGCCUCAGUACAAACAUCUUACUACUGCGAAGUCACUGACGAUAUGAAAAGUUCACAGGGCGGAGGCACCGACGAAGAACUAAUCGAAGUAGUCGAAAUGACUGUGGCAGAACUUAAAAAAUACCUCAUACAGAACGGCGUAGUCAACAGUCCUCCCAGUUUUAUGUAUUGCAUGUAUUGGUUUUUAUUGAACAAAGAUAAAAAGUCCCAUUUGUAAUUUGUUCUGUAAUUUGUUUUUCCUUGUUUUCAAAUUUUAUCUUUAUUAUAUUAUUGUUUUACUUGUACAUGUAAAUACUAUGCAUCACUGUCCUGACUAAUUAGAAUUAUUUUCAGAUAUCUUAUUCACUGUCCAAGUCAAUAGUUUCAAUGGAAUUAUUCUUAGGAGCAAUAUCUUCACUUUCAUCACUCCAAUCAUCUAACCAGCAGUAUUGAGGUUUUCCUUCAAUCAUUUACAUGGAAUUAUUUUCAGAAGCCUAGACAUGCUUCUGAAAAUAAUUCCAAGCAAAUGAUUAAAAGAACACCCUGAAAUUGCUGGUUAGAUGAUUGGAGUGAUGAAAGUGAAGAUAUUGCUCCUAAAAAGUGAUUUCACUAAACAGUAGUGCUGGACAGGAGAAUAAUGAAAUUGUAGCCAUUGGUCCUGAAAAGAAUUCCAUGGAAGUUAUCAACAAUACAAUAUAUAUAGUAUAGUUGCGCCUGUCCUGCAAUGAAACUCAAAAUAUUGCUCCUGAAAAUGAUACCAACAAAGCAAUAGGUGGUCUGUUGAAUAGAAAUGAAGGCUCUGUUCCAGAAAAUAAUCAAGAAGCAAAGCCUUCAUUAUCAUCAGACUCCUGACCAGCUUUGUUGGAAUCAUUUUCGGGAACAAAAUCUUGAGUUUCAUCAAUGUCCUGUCCAGCUAUAUUGUGGUUGUCUAAUCUAUAGCCUCCAUGGAAUUCUUUUAACGAGCAAUGGCUGCAAUUUCAUCACUCUCCUGUCCAGCAAUUCCUUUUUUAUUUGGUUACCGGUAUCAUAAUGAAAGUGCAAAUUAUAGGUACUUAUUUAAUUUGUCAUAAAAUAAAUUAUUUUAAGUUGGCAAUAGCCUAAUGUGAUCCUAUAAAAUAAUGUAAUUACAUAUUUCACAAAUUAUUUUUAAUUCCUUAUUGUUUCAAAUUCUCAAUAAAGAUAUUUCGUUGAAACUGAA